GAAUUAUUUACAGUCUCUCCCGCUUCCUCAUAACUAUUAUUGUAUAAGUCGGAUCCAAAAUCCUUAAAGCCCUAAAUCCUAAUCCCUCAAUCUCCAUCUAGCUAGAGAAAUGAAGCUCGUCAGGUUUUUAAUGAAGCUGAACAAUGAAACCGUCUCAAUCGAGCUCAAGAACGGCACCAUUGUUCACGGAACUAUAACUGGUGUGGAUGUUAGUAUGAACACUCAUUUGAAGACAGUGAAACUGACACUGAAAGGUAAAAAUCCAGUAACUUUAGAUCAUCUGAGUGUCAGGGGAAACAACAUUCGGUAUUAUAUCCUUCCUGAUAGCUUGAAUCUGGAGACUUUGCUGGUGGAGGAGACUCCCAGGGUCAAGCCUAAGAAGCCAACUACUGGGAAGCCAAUGGGACGUGGUCGGGGAAGAGGACGUGGAAGGGGCCGCGGUCGUGGCCAUUAACCAUCUUAGGCAGGCAGGUGUUGGUUUAUGAAGUACGAUUUAAGGUUUCUUUUCGAGGGAUCUUUCAAUUUGGGUUUUGUGAUUUUUCAUAUGCACUCUAAGAAACAUCUUCUAGAUAUUUUUGAGGUUCCAUGUUUUAGAGAAUAGUAAAAUUCGUGUUUAGUUCCUUGAUUAUCAAAGUUUAAUGUGAAGAUGAAGUGCUUAUU